GAAGAACUAACGUCUAUCUACCCAUCGGUAAUUUGUUGAAAAUUGAAACACACAAAGGAUGAAACAAAUACCGUCACUUAUCUCUACACUUUGUACACUCAUCACCAUUCUGCAUGGAAGCUCUGCACAAGAAGCUUAUCAGAUCCUAGCAUUAAAUCUCCACAACCAGUAUCGCCAAAUACAUCAUGCUCCACCGCUACAGAUGGACAAUCAGCUCAACUCGUUGGCUGUUCAAUGUGCUCAGUACUACGUAGGAUUGGGAACAAUUAAUCACUCUUGUCCAUAUAAGAAAGAUGCUGGGGAAAACUUGGCUGAGGCACACAGUGCCAGCUGGAAUAAUAACCAGUUUGCAGAAGUCUCGACUAAGAUGUGGUAUGACGAGAGCAGUCAAUACAACUAUAACAACCCAGGAUUCUUUCUACAAACUGGUCACUUUACUCAGCUUGUCUGGAAAAGUAGUCAAAACUUUGGUUUCGGUUAUUUUACGUUGAAUGGUUAUACUGUUAGUGUUGGUUUGUACAGUCCAUCGGGGAACUACGCGGGCCAAUUUCAGACGAAUGUUCUACAGCCCUAAAUUACAUGGCACAUGUUACUAAUGAAUCCUUUUUAUUGUAAAUUAAUAAAAA